ACAUCCCAGUGGAACACCUUUGCUUGCUUGUCGAGAAGGAUGAGAUAUUUCCAUUUGAUGAAACCAAAAUAGAAAUGAAAGUAGAAGAAAUCCAGUUUCCUGAUAGCACUAUAAGCAUCAUCGGGAAUGCAGAUUUCAUUGAAAUUCAGAAUCAUCCAUCUUCACCUGGAAAAUAUCUUAAAACAGAAUGUUACUAUGCUUUGCCAGAUGCACUGCCAAUCACAAGACAUGACCCCAUGCAGACCAAAAGCAGACACUACUUCUUUGAAAGUUAUGAGGAAUUUAAUGAGGAAAGUGAACAAAAAAUGCAUCUAGAAACUCAUGAAUGGCAAAGUCCAUACAAGUGGCUUAACAACGGUGAUGACUUUACACUUCAUAGUAGCAGCUUAACUGAUUUGUUAAUUGACAGUUGGAAACACCAGAUGAAUACAUUGGCACCACAUGAUCUGAUAUUCAAAGGAGAGCAGCUAUAUAAAAGUGAAACACAAGAUAUUGGAUUUAUAGACAAAAGAAGCUUAGCCGUGCGUCGCAUUAUUCGUACUGGGCAAAAAUGCUUUAAAUGUAUCACAUGUGGUAAGAGUUUUACACAAAGGGGUAACUUGAGAAAACAUCAGUUGGUGCAUACUGGCCAGAAACCGUAUAAAUGUAUCACAUGUGGCAAGGAUUUUACACAGAAGGGUAACAUGAUACAACAUCAGUACACUCAUAUUGGUUUGAAACCCUAUAAAUGUGUUACAUGUGACAAGAGUUUUACACAGAAGUGCAGCUUGGUAAAGCAUCAAUAUGUCCACACUGGACAGAAGCCGUAUAAAUGUGCAACAUGUGGCAAGGGUUUUAGAGAUAAGAGAUACCUAGCAACGCAUCAGAAUAUCCACACAGGGCAACGUCCCUAUAAGUGCACCAUAUGUGGCAAGGAUUUUACACAGAAGGGUAACAUGCUGAAACAUCAGUAUUCCCACAUUGGUUUGAAACCCCAUAAAUGUGUCACAUGUGGCAAGACUUUUACUCAGAAAGGUAGCUUGGUAAAACAUCAGUAUGUCCACACUGGACUGAAGCCAUAUAAAUGUGCAACAUGUGACAAGGGUUUUACAGAGAAGAGAGAUCUAGUAAUGCAUCAGAGUAUCCACACUGGACAAUGCCCCUAUAAAUGUACCACAUGUGGCAAAGGUUUUAUAGAUAAAAGAAGGUUGGUAGUGCAUCAGGUUAUUCACACUGGACAGAAACUCUUUAAAUGUCCCACAUGCGGGAAGAGUUUUACACAGAAGGGUAACAUGUUAAAACAUUGUUUAGUACAUAGUGGGCAGAAACCAUAUAAAUGCUCCACAUGCAGCAAGGGCUUUACAGACAAGGGACAGCUAGCAACACAUCAAAAUGUCCAUACUGGACAUAAACCCUAUUUAUGUACUACCUGUGGCAAGGGGUUCACAAGUAAGAGAAGCUUGUCAGCGCAUCAAAGUAGCCACACUGGGCAAAAACCAUUUAAAUGUACCAUAUGUGGGAAGAGUUUUACACAGAAGAGCAACAUUGUAAAACAUCAGUAUAUCCAUGCAGAGCAAAAACCAUAUAAUUGUGCUACAUGUGGCAAAGGGUUUGCACAAAAAGGUAACAUGAUGCAACAUCAGUAUGUUCACACAAAGCAGAAACCCUUUAAAUAUAAAUGUGCAACAUGUGACAAAAAGUUUAUAAAUAAGACAAAGUUAACAGUACAUGAGAUUACACACACUGGACAGAAGCCUUAUAAAUGUGCAGUGUGUGACAAAGGAUUUAUGUGUAAGAGAAGUUUGAUAGCACAUCAUUGUCGCCACAGUGGGCAACAGCUGUAUAAAUGUACCACAUGCAACAAGAGUUUUACACAAAGGGGUAACAUGAUAAAACAUCAGUUAGUCCAUACCGGCCAGAAACCUUAUAAAUGUACCACAUGUGGCAAGGACUUUACACAAAAAGGUAACAUGACAAAACACCAGUACAUCCACAUAGGUCUGAAACCCUACAAAUGUGUCACAUGUGACAAGAGUUUUACUCAGAAAGGUAGCUUGGUAAAACAUCAGUAUGUCCACACUGGACAAAAGCCUUAUAAAUGUGCAACAUGUGACAAGAGUUUUACAGAUAAGAGAUAUCUAGCAAUGCAUCAGAGUAUCCACACUGGGGACUAUCCCUAUAAAUGUACCACAUGUGGCAAGGGUCUUAUAGAUAAGAGGAGGUUGCUAGUGCAUCAGUUUAUCCAUACUGGGCAGAAACUCUUUAAAUGUCCCACAUGUGGGAAGAGUUUUACACAGAAGGGUAAUAUGUUAAAACAUUGUUUAAUACAUAAUGGGCAGAAACCAUAUAAAUGUCCCACACGCAAGAAAGGCUUUACAGGUAAGGGGUUUCUGGCACUACAUCAAAGUAUCCACACUGGCAGCUAAAUUAAUAACAGAUAAAGUGUCACCACAAAAAUACACAGCAAUAAGGAAAAUUAAGGGAAGAAAUCAAAUGCUGUCAUGGAAGUAUCAAAUUGAAAAAAAAACUAUAAAGCCAUUAAGACAAGAAGUGUCACUGUUGAAAGAGUGUAGAAGAGGGAAAAGAUCACCAAAAAAUACUUAGAAAGGUAGACAUGAGAAAAGCAACACACAGUAGUAGAACAGAACAGGAUCCGUUGUACCCUGUUGCAAAUAAUAAACUAAAGAU